AUGCAUCAUGCCGUGCAUCACGCCCUGCCACUCCUCCUGCCCAUUAUUCACUGCUGUGUGAGCCCCGAGGUGAGUCCUGUGGUGAGCCCCGAGGUGAGUCCUGUGGUGAGCCCCGUGGUGAGUCCUGUGGUGAGCCCCGAGGUGAGCCCCGUGGUGAGUCCUGUGGUGAGUCCUGUGGUGAGCCCCGAGGUGAGUCCUGUGGUGAGCCCCGUGGUGAGUCCUGUGGUGAGCCCCGAGGUGAGUCCUGUGGUGAGCCCCGAGGUGAGUCCUGUGGUGAGCCCCGAGGUGAGUCCUGUGGUGAGCCCCGAGGUGAGUCCUGUGGUGAGCCCCGAGGUGAGUCCUGUGGUGAGCCCCGAGGUGAGUCCUGUGGUGAGCCCCGAGGUGAGUCCUGUGGUGAGCCCCGUGGUGAGUCCUGUGGUGAGCCCCGAGGUGAGUCCUGUGGUGAGCCCCGUGGUGAGUCCUGUGGUGAGCCCCGUGGUGAGUCCUGUGGUGAGCCCCAAGGUGAGUCCUGUGGUGAGCCCCGAGGUGAGUCCUGUGGUGAGCCCCGAGGUGAGCCCCGAGGUGAGUCCUGUGGUGAGCCCCGAGGUGAGUCCUGUGGUGAGCCCCGAGGUGAGUCCUGUGGUGAGCCCCGAGGUGAGUCCUGUGGUGAGCCCCGAGGUGAGUCCUGUGGUGAGCCCCGAGGUGAGCCCCGAGGUGAGUCCUGUGGUGAGCCCCGAGGUGAGUCCUGUGGUGAGCCCCGAGGUGAGCCCCAAGGUGAGUCCUGUGGUGAGCCCCGUGGUGAGUCCUGUGGUGAGCCCCGUGGUGAGUCCUGUGGUGAGCCCCGUGGUGAGUCCUGUGGUGAGUCCUGUGGUGAGCCCCGAGGUGAGUCCUGUGGUGAGCCCCGUGGUGAGUCCUGUGGUGAGCCCCGAGGUGAGUCCUGUGGUGAGCCCCGAGGUGAGUCCUGUGGUGAGCCCCGAGGUGAGUCCUGUGGUGAGCCCCGUGGUGAGUCCUGUGGUGAGCCCCGAGGUGAGUCUUGUGGUGAGCCCCGUGGUGAGUCCUGUGGUGAGCCCCGAGGUGAGUCCUGUGGUGAGCCCCGUGGUGAGUCCUGUGGUGAGCCCCAAGGUGAGUCCUGUGGUGAGUCCUGUGGUGAGCCCCGAGGUGAGCCCCGAGGUGAGCCCCGUGGUGAGUCCUGUGGUGAGCCCCGUGGUGAGUCCUGUGGUGAGCCCCGUGGUGAGUCCUGUGGUGAGCCCCGUGGUGAGUCCUGUGGUGAGUCCUGUGUUGAGCCCCGAGGUGAGUCCUGUGGUGAGCCCCGAGGUGAGUCCUGUGGUGAGCCCCGAGGUGAGUCCUGUGGUGAGCCCCGAGGUGAGUCCUGUGGUGAGCCCCGAGGUGAGUCCUGUGGUGAGCCCCGAGGUGAGUCCUGUGGUGAGCCCCGAGGUGAGUCCUGUGGUGAGCCCCGUGGUGAGUCCUGUGGUGAGCCCCGAGGCGAGUCUUGUGGUGAGCCCCGUGGUGAGUCCUGUGGUGAGCCCCGAGGUGAGUCCUGUGGUGAGCCCCGUGGUGAGUCCUGUGGUGAGCCCCGUGGUGAGUCCUGUGGUGAGCCCCGAGGUGAGUCUUGUGGUGAGCCCCGUGGUGAGUCCUGUGGUGAGCCCCGAGGUGAGUCCUGUGGUGAGCCCCGUGGUGAGUCCUGUGGUGAGCCCCGUGGUGAGUCCUGUGGUGAGCCCCGUGGUGAGUCCUGUGGUGAGCCCCGAGGUGAGUCCUGUGGUGAGCCCCGAGGUGAGCCCCGAGGUGAGUCCUGUGGUGAGCCCCGUGGUGAGUCCUGUGGUGAGCCCCGUGGUGAGUCCUGUGGUGAGCCCCGAGGUGAGUCCUGUGGUGAGCCCCGAGGUGAGUCCUGUGGUGAGCCCCGAGGUGAGCCCCAAGGUGAGUCCUGUGGUGAGCCCCGUGGUGAGCCCCGUGGUGAGUCCCGUGGUGAGCCCUGUGGUGAGCCCCGUGGUGAGCCCCGUGGUGAGCCCUGUGGUGAGCCCCGUGGUGAGCCCCGUGGUGAGCUCCGUGGUGAGCUCCAUGGUGAGCUCCGUGGUGAGUCCCGUGGUGAGCCCUGUGGUGAGCCCCGAGGUGAGUCCCGUGGUGAGUCCCGUGGUGAGCCCUGUGGUGAGCCCUGUGUCACACAGUGCGCUGCUACUGCUGUGUUUCUCCAGGUCAACAGGGGUCUACCUGUCCCAGGACAGAAGCCCUGGUUAA